AUGGGAUGCUGGCUUUUGAGUGAGAGUCUCUCUCUCAUAUUAAUACUCUUGUGGCUGGGUGUGAAUGUAUAUCUGUUCAUCGACACAUUCUGCUGGUACGGAGAGGAAGAGGCAUUUCUGUACACGCGAGUUAUUCUGGGUUCCACACUGGCCUGGGCGAGAGCAUCCGCAGUGUGCCUGAAUUUUAACUGCAUGCUCAUUUUACUACCCAUCAGCCGAAACUUUAUUUCAUUCUUGAGGGGGACGCAUACGUGCUGCCGUGGGCUGUGGGGGAGACAAUUAGACAAACACCUCAAAUUCCACAAACUGGUUGCCUAUGGGAUCGCUGUGAAUGCAACCAUCCACACCGUGGCACAUGCGUUCAACCUGGAGCGGUACCACCUGAGUCAGUCCCCCCGUGCAGAGGGGCUUCCAGCCGCACUGUCCAAACUGGGCAGCACUCCUAAUGAGAGCUUCCUCAACCCCAUCCGGACCUUCAACGCGAGCCCUUCUACUGAGUUGCUAACUACAAUAGCAGGUCUAACCGGCCUGGUGCUCUCUCUGGCUUUAAUCUUGAUCAUCACCUCUUCAACCGAGUUCAUCAGACAAGUCUCCUACGAGUUGUUCUGGUACACACACCAUGCUUUCAUCAUCUUCUUCAUCAGUCUGGCUAUCCACGGGGCUGGCCGGAUUGUUCGAGGCCAAACUCCUGAGAGUCUGUUGCAGCACAAUGCCACCUUCUGUAGAGACCACUAUGCUGAAUGGCAGGUAACGGCCCGGUGCCCGGUGCCUCAGUUUUCUGGCAAGGAGCCCUCGGCUUGGAAAUGGGUCUUGGGACCGGUGGUCUUGUACGUGUGUGAAAGAAUCAUUCGGUACUGGCGAUUUCAACAAGAAGUUGUCAUUACCAAGGUGGUAAGCCAUCCCUCUGGAGUCCUGGAGCUUCACAUGAAAAAGCAGAAUUUCAAAAUGGCGCCAGGGCAGUACAUCUUCUUGCAGUGCCCAUCCAUAUCUGCCCUCGAGUGGCACCCCUUCACGCUCACUUCCGCCCCUGAGGAGGACUUCUUCAGUGUGCACGUGCGGGCAGCAGGAGACUGGACUAAGGCUUUAUUUGAGGUGUAUGGAGCAGAUGCAGAUGGACAGGCCCGAAAGGAGCCCUGGGGCCUGCCAAGGCUGGCGGUGGACGGGCCAUUCGGAGCUGCCCUCACGGAUGUGUUCCACUACCAGGUGAGCGUGUGCGUGGCCGCAGGAAUAGGAGUCACGCCCUUCGCUGCUCUUCUGAAAUCUAUAUGGUACCGGUGUUGUGAGCCACAGACCAAGCUGAAGCUGAGCAAGGUGUAUUUCUACUGGAUCUGCCGGGAUGCGAGAGCCUUUGAGUGGUUCGCUGAUCUCCUACUUUCCCUGGAAACACAAAUGAGUGAGAGAGGGAGAGCUCACUUCCUGAGUUAUCACAUAUUUCUGACUGGCUGGGAUGAAAACCAGGCUAUUCACAUAGCUCUGCACUGGGAUGAAAAGACUGACGUGAUUACGGGCUUAAAGCAAAAAACCUUCUAUGGAAGACCCAACUGGAACAACGAGUUCAGACAGAUAGCGUACAAUCACCCCAGCAGCAGCAUUGGUGUGUUCUUCUGCGGACCCAAGGCGCUCUCAAAGACACUUCAAAGGAUGUGCCGCUUGUAUUCCUCAGUUGAUCCCAGGGGAGUUCAGUUUUAUUACAACCAAGAAAGCUUCUAG